AAAGAAGAAUUUGAUAUUAUGAAAAAAACUUUAAAUCUAACUAUUGCAAUGAGUAGAGUAGAGGAACUUUAUAAAAUUUAUAAAAACUUUAUUGGCAAAAUAGAAAAUAAAGUUGUAAAUCAAGCUAGAAACAGUAAUAAUAUUGCCAAGUUUGUGCUUACUAUUAGUAAUUCUAUAAGUGUCAAGACAAAGGAUCAGCCCAAAGGGUUAAAUAAUGUAAAUGCAGAUAUUAAGAGAAAAAAAAAGCAGAUACCUAGGCAUAAUCAAGAUAACAAAGAGAAUAGGAUCAGAAAACCUCAAAAAAUAUUAAAAGAUGCAGAUUUGAAUGUUAGUAAAUCUAGUAAAAUUAAAGAGAAAAAAUGUAGUAUUUGUAACAAAAGAAGGCACAAUGCAUGUACUUGUUCUAAAGAGAGUUAA